AUGUAUAUUGUAUCAACUUUGAGAAUUGGAAGAAUUUCUCAGUCUAUCUAUGUACCAGAUCCGGCAAUCAUUAAUCCUUCGCUCACCUUUCAAUUCUCAAACAGUUGUAACGAAUGUUUAUGUUAUAUAAUUGAUUCAACUAGGAAUUACAGUAUCAUCAAUUGUGUACAAGAUGGACGUUUAUGUUCCUAUUAUACAAACUUUUCUUCAAUUUAUGCUUUUCUUGAAAAUAACAAUGCUUCUGUUUAUUUAUUUCAAUUACCUCCAAUACCUUCGACACCAACACAAAUGUUGUCAACAAUGUCAUCAACUAUAACUUCAAUAGUUUCAUCUAUCAAAACAGUAUUAACCACUGUUCAAACAACGGAGAUGCCAAUAACCACUUUUUCGACUAUGACGACAAUAGUAAUCAGUUUCGCAUCCACUAGUUCAUAUGGCACAAAAAGUAUCACUACUCACCCAUGUUUGCUAUUGCGGUCAGAUUGCGACGCAGUUGCGCCGCAACUGCGAUCGCACUGUGACCCACUUCAUGAAUGUUUAUCUUUAUCUCACAUUCACUUUUCGAAUAUUGAACAUUUUACCGCCGAUCUCUCGGUGCAAAAUCAUUUUCUCUAUAGUAACGAUCAAUGUAACCCAUUGGCUUAUGCUGAUGAAAUGAAUUGUCUCAAUCUAUUGAAAGGUGUAUUAGAACGAAAUAAUUGUUUGACUUCAUUACAUUUUCAUGGAUGGCCAUCAGCUAUUCUUAAUUUUUCUCAAUGUGAUAUUAAGAGUGUGUCAAUAUUCGAAUUGAAUUUGAGGAGUAGUGCCGGAUUUGACUUCUAUUAUACUGCACAGCAAUGUGAUCAACUUAGUUGUUCGACACUUGGCAUGCAAUGUCGAAUUCUGACCAUCGGUGUCAAAGAUCGGACAUGUGUCUAUGAUCUUAUUAUGAAAAUGAACAGUCUUCAAAUACUCAAUGUUUGA